AGGGGCGCGAGGUUUCAAGAUGGCGGAGACUGGGUGCUUGACAGAGAAGCAGAGGUGAAGGCCCCUACGGCGGAAAGGAGGCUGGGACUCGUCCCCUCCAUGCCCCUAGCAGUUCUGGGAUCCCAGCAGGAGUGUUUUAUUUUUUUUUUUUUAAAGAAUAAGUGAACCAUUAUAGAUUGUCAAUAUGGAGCGGAGAUCAACAUCAUCCACCAAGAGUGGAAAAUUUAUGAACCCUACGGACCAAGCUCGAAAGGAAGCUCGGAAGAGAGAAUUGAAGAACAAAAAACAGCGCAUGAUGGUUCGAGCUGCAGUUUUGAAGAUGAAAGAUCCCAAACAAAUCAUCCGGGACAUGGAGAAAUUGGAUGAAAUGGAGUUUAACCCAGUACAACAACCACAGUUAAAUGAGAAAGUACUGAAAGAUAAACGUAAAAAGCUUCGGGAAACCUUUGAAUUUAUCCUACGACUUUAUGAAAAAGAGAAUCCGGAUAUUUAUAAAGAAUUGAGAAAGCUCGAAGUAGAAUAUGAACAGAAAAGGGCUCAACUUAGCCAGUACUUUGAUGCUGUCAAGAAUGCUCAGCAUGUAGAAGUAGAGAGUAUUCCUUUGCCAGAUAUGCCACAUGCUCCUUCCAACAUCUUGAUCGAGGACAUCCCACUUCCUGGUGCCCAGCCCCCCUCCAUCCUAAAGAAGACCUCAGCCUAUGGACCUCCAACUCGAGCAGUUUCUAUCCUUCCUCUUCUUGGGCAUGGUGUUCCACGUUUGCCCCCUGGCAGGAAACCUCCAGGUCCUCCACCUGGUCCCCCUCCUCCCCAAGUCUUGCAGAUGUAUGGCCGUAAAGUGGGCUUUGCUCUUGAUCUUCCUCCUCGUAGGCGAGAUGAAGACAUGUUAUAUAGCCCUGAUCUUGCGCAGCGUGGUCAUGAUGACGAUGUUUCCAGCACCAGUGAAGAUGACGGCUACCCUGAGGACAUGGAUCAGGACAAGCACGAUGACAGCACUGAUGACAGUGACACAGACAGGUCAGAUGGAGAAAGUGACGUGGACGAGUUUAUGCACCGAGACGAUAAUGAGCGAGACAACACCGAGGAAAAGAAAGCAGGUCUGAGUGUGCGGUUUGCAGACAUACCUGGGAAAUCAAGAAAGAAAAAGAAGAACAUGAAGGAACUGACGCCUCUUCAAGUCAUGAUGCUGCGAAUGGCAGGUCAGGAAAUCCCUGAGGAAGGUCGGGAAGUGGAAGAAUUUUCAGAGGAUGAUGAGGAGGAAGAUUCAGAGGAUUCUGAAGCAGAGAAGCAGUCACAGAAGCAGCACAAAGAAGACUCUCAUGAGGGUGCAGCCACAGCUUCCUCCCAGCAGCAGGCGCCCCCUCAGUCCGUUCCUCCUUCUCAGAUACAGGCGCCGCCCAUGCCAGGACCUCCUCCUCUUGGGCUUCCGCCUGCCCCACCUCUGUGGCCUCCAGGACCACCCACGGGCCUCCCUCCUGGCCCACCACCAGGUGCUCCUCCUUUCCUGAGGCCACCUGGAAUGCCAGGGCUCCGAGGGCCUCUACCCCGGCUUUUGCCCCCAGGACCACCACCAGGCCGACCCCCUGGCCCUCCCCCUGGGCCUCCUCCAGGACUGCCUCCUGGUCCCUCUCCACGGGGCCCCCCACCCAGGCUGCCUCCGCCGGCACCUCCAGGCCUCCCUCCGCCACUUCCCGGCAUGAUGCGCCCACCUCUGGUGCCUCCCCUUGGACCUGCCCCACCUGGGCUUUUCCCACCAGCUCCCCUGCCAAACCCAGGGGUGCUAAGUGCCCCCCCCAACUUGAUUCAGCGACCCAAGGCGGAUGACACAAGUGCAGCCACCAUUGAGAAGAAAGCC